GGGGGGUAAACAGAACAGCUGAUGACGACAUUUGAUUUAGGCUGUCACGUUAAGGAGCUCAAUGUUACGUAAAACUCUGACAAAGCAGCAGCUGUGAGCUGCAUUUGAAUUAAAAUCUGAUUUUAAACUCAGAUUAAUGAAUGAAGACAGAAACAGAGGAUGACGUCAGAGGACGGCGCGUUUUAAAGCGAGACGUGAAGGGGGAAAGUUCAACAUUUAGAGCCUUAACUAUAAUUUAAAACAAUAAUCGCUCAUUUAAGUGUUUAAUAUGAAUGUUGAGGUUAUGUGUGUUUGAACAGACACGUGUUUUAAUCACCUAAUCUCUCUGAAAUAAAGUAAAUCCACCUGUAAACACCACCUGUGUUCUGGGAGCGUUUAGGCAACUCGCUUCCUUUUGCUGCAUUCAAGUGCCGUUGGACAUAAUGGUGUCGUCGGUGAAAAUCACGUUAAACCUGGAUUUCUGGUUUAAAAAUAAGUAUAAAGAAUAAAUACUUGAAGGGGAAAAGCAGUGUUCUGUGAAGAUCUCUAGAACAAGAGUAAGUCAGACAUUUUAAUUUGAGAUUUAUUAAGUAAAAGUUCAAAAAUAAUUAGCUUGGCUCAUUGUAGGUUGCAAAAUUAUGCAUAUAUACUUUUUUGUUAAAAAACAGUGUUGUCUUUAAGGGGUCAGGAGGAUUUGAUGCAUUUAGACCCUCACAAACUGAGGUCAAACAGCUCGAAGGAACGGGAACAAAGGUCAAUGUGUGAUGUCAUGAGGUCAGUGUGUGAUGUCAUGAGGUCAAUGUGUGAUGUCAUGAGGUCAAUGUGUGAUGUCAUGAGGUCAAUGUGUAAUGUCAUGAGGUCAAUGUGUGAUGUCAUGAGGUCAAUGUGUGAUGUCAUGAGGUCAAUGUGUGAUGUCAUGAGGUCAAUGUGUGAUGUCAUGAGGUCAGUGUGUGAUGUCAUGAGGUCAAUGUGUGAUGUCAUGAGGUGGACUCGUCAGCUACAUCACUGAGACUACAGGGAGACACUGAGGACGAGUAUCUACAAGGAUAAAAAAUAAAUCUGCAUUAAUUUCAAACCUAAAUGAAUCACGAUUAACUAUUUAAUGACCGCCCUAAUAGUUCAUCUCAGAGGAAAAGAAAAUGUUUCUAAAUAAACUUUGCUCAUCUCCUCAGCUCAUCUCCAGCCUCCUGCCUCCUGACGAUACCGGCCAAUGGGCUGAGUCCGUGGACGGGGGCCAGGAUGAGUGAAGAGGUGCUAUUGGAGGAGAGGCUCAUCAAGCGGUCGCAGCAGAAGAAGAGGACGUCGCCGCAGAACUACAAGGAGAGGCUGUUUGUCCUCACCAGGAGCCGGCUGACGUACUACGACAGGAAAGCAGAGAAGAAGUUCAGGAGAGGCUGGAUCGAGCUGAGCUGCAUCAGGUGUGUGGAGAUCGUGAAGAACGGAGGAGGGAUCAUCCCCUGCCAGAACAAAUACCCCUUUCAGGUGGUUUACGACACCAACACUCUGUACGUGUUCGCACCGAGUCACGACAGCAGAAGUCUGUGGGUCCAAAGCCUUAAAGAGGAGAUCAAAGACAACUCAGUGAUCCUGGCAAAGUUCCAUCCUCAGUUCUGGCAGGAGGGGGCGUGGCUCUGCUGUCGUCAGGCAGAAAAGCAGGCGCUGGGCUGUGAGGAGUACAACCUGUUUGGAGACAUUUCUAGAAAACCUCUACCCCCGAUUCCUGGAGAGGAGCGGAAAAACGAGAAGCAGCGUCGGCCGGCUCCGCCCCUCCCUCAGGCUGGUACAGAUGAUGAUGGUGGUGAUGAAGAGGAGGAGGAGAUGGUGGUGGUGGCGUUGUACAGCUUUACGGCCACCGAGCCUCACGACCUGAGUCUGGUGAAAGGAGGCGAGUACGUCAUCCUGGAUCAGUCUGACGUCAACUGGUUCAAAGCACAAAACCAGUACGGAGAGGAAGGCUACAUCCCGAGUAACUACGUCACGGAGAAGGAAUCUGGAAACCUGGAGCAGUUUGUAUGGUACAGUAAACAAGUCAACAGGAACAAAGCGGAGGAGCUGCUGAGGAAGGAGGACAAAGAAGGAGCCUUCAUUGUCAGAGACUCGAGCGCCGCAGGAACCUACACCGUCUCUCUCUACACCAAGUCUGCUGCAGGAGAAGGACACUCAGCUAUAAAACAUUACCACAUCAAGGAGACACAAAGCUCGCCGCCGCUCUUCUACUUGGCGGAGAAACACGUGUUCAGCUCCGUCCCCGACCUCAUCGAUUACCACAAACACAACGCAGCGGGACUCGUUGCCAGGUUGAGGUACCCCGUAAGUAAACAGGACAAGUCUGCUCCGUCCACUGCUGGUUUCAGCUACGACAAGUGGGAGAUCAACCCCACCGAGCUGACCUUCAUGAAGGAGGUGGGCAGCGGUCAGUUCGGUCUGGUGAGGCUCGGGAAGUGGAGGGCUCAGCACAAAGUGGCCAUCAAGGCCAUCAAAGAGGGAGCCAUGUACGAGGAGGACUUCAUCGAGGAGGCCAAAGUCAUGAUGAAACUGUCCCACCCCAAGCUGGUGCAGCUGUACGGCGUGUGCAGCCAGCAAAGGCCCAUCUACAUCGUCACCGAGUUCAUGGAGCUGGGCUGUCUGCUGAACUUCCUGAGGCAGCGGCGGGGCAGCUUCAGCGUGGGCUCGCUGCUCAGCAUCUGCCUGGACGUCUGCGAGGGGAUGGAGCACCUGGAGGCCAACGGCUUCAUCCACAGAGACCUGGCUGCUAGAAACUGUCUGGUGAACGACUCUCUGGUGGUGAAGGUGUCCGACUUCGGCAUGGCCAGGUACGUGUUAGACGACCAGUACACCAGCUCAUUGGGUGUUAAGUUCCCCGUGAAGUGGUCGCCUCCUGAAGUCUUCAACUUCUGCAAAUACAGCAGCAAGUCGGACGUCUGGUCAUAUGGUGUGCUGAUGUGGGAGGUGUUCUCAGAGGGUCGCAUGCCGUUUGAACAGAAUAUGAACCAUGAAGUGGUUAACAUGGUAACCAACGGUCACAGACUCUACCGGCCUAAAUUGGCCUCGCCCGCCAUCUAUGACAUCAUGCAGCUGUGUUGGCAUGAGAGGCAAGACGAGCGUCCGGCGUUCUCUCAGCUCUGCAUGAUGAUCUCCGACAGUCUUGAAGUUGAUGCCCCUCCCCCGAACUGACAAACCGUCCAAUCAAGCUGCUUCCACAAAUCACAGCUCCGUGUUGGGGCCAACAUGGAGAACACGCUGAUUUGGUAGCAGUGUCUGGAGAUGGACAAUGACGUGGGAAGGGUCGACCAAUCACAACAGCUGGAGGUCCACUCAUCCACCAAUCACAGUGCAGCUGGACUGUCUCACAUGGGAUUUGUUUAACAGUUUAUUUUUUGUUGUUUUAAAACUUUGACCCCGACGUGAAGUGAAAGAGAGGAAGAAGAACGUGUGAAAACUUUCACCGUGGGAACGUUAGCUCAGAACUUUACCUCCUGAUCCUUCCAGUGAUCUCUUGAACGGCGUCCAUGUUUUCUCUCAGGCAGAUAAUCCCUUUAUCAGAUAUCUGAUGAGCAUCAACAGGUUAUAUGAAGCUUCACUCAGUGUGGUAUUUAAAGAUUCUCACCAGGUCA